AUGAAUCGCCUCUUCGGGGCCAAAAACCCUGGUCCUAAACCCACCCUCUCCAGCGCCAUUUCCACCACUGACUCCCACGUCGAAUCCUUGGACGUCAAACUCGCGAAACUCAACGCCGAACUGACCACCUACCAACAACGCAUGUCCAAGAUGCGCGACGGCCCCGGCAAAACCGCCCUGAAGCAAAAAGCCCUCAAGAUCCUGCAACGACGGAAGAUGUACGAAGGCCAGCGGGACCAGAUGCAGCAACAAUCCUGGAACAUGGAACAGGCCUCGAUGAUGACCGACAAUCUGAAAAACGUCAUGACGACCGUCGACGUCAUGAAAUCCACCAACAAAUCCCUGCGCAAACAGUACGGGAAGGUGGACAUCGACAAAAUCGAGCGCAUGCAGGACGAGAUGCAGGAUCUGAUGGAGGUGGGGAAUGAGAUCCAAGAGUCGAUGAGCCGGAGCUACGACGUGCCGGAGGAUGUGGACGAGGCGGAGUUGGAUGCGGAACUGGAGGCGUUGGGGGAAGAGGCGGAAUUCGAGGGGGGGCUGGGAAUGGGACAAGGGGUGGGAGAGAUGCCGGGCUUUAUGCAGGAUGAGGUGCCGAGCUUUAUCGAUGAGCCACCGGAGGGGGCAAAGGUGAAGGAGGCGGCCGGAUGA